CAGCCCCACUCUGCUCAGGGCUGUGCACAGAGCCAGGGAUUAUUCUUUUAAUCAGAGCCUGUAUGGGAAUUGCUCACACGCAGAUUGUGGGAGCAGGGCAGGGGCAGCCCCAGGCACCGGCUCGCAAGCGAUCUCAAUAUCUCAGCAGAGCAGGGAUUAACAGGAGUUGGGGUGCGCGUGUGAGUGCACCCACCCCAUUCCUUGUCUCCCUUCCAGUCCUUCAACCCUGGGUUGAUGUUUUUGCUCUCACAUCUCCCCCAUGCCCACUUUCUGCACCUCUCACCCCACCACGGAAAGCGGCUUUGGAUGCCCACCGUGCCCCUGCAUCAAGGCCCAGGCAAUGGGUUAUUUCCACCGAGUCCAGGUCCACAGCACCCUCGGGUGCAGCACAGGAAGGUCUUCCCACCCCAGUGGUGUUGGCUUCCCCUCCUAAUGCCAUAAUCCAGCCCUUAUCCCGGGUCCCGCUGACCUUGCAGGCGCCGGACCCAGUGCUGGGCACAAUAUCCACCCACCCAUGGCUGCCUUCUUCACGGCCGCCCUGAGGAACCUGCGGGGGGGUGAGGAGGAGCCCAAGGCACCCCCCAAGGACGGCAAGGCGGCUGCCCUGCCCCACGGCAUGUCCCGCGAGGAGUUCGAGGAGUACCAGCGGCAGCUGCUGGAGGAGAAGAUCGAGCGGGACAAAACCUUUGCGCACAAGAAGGCAGAACGGGCAACUGUGCGCAUGCACCUGCGGGACAAGUAUCACCUGGCCCAGGAUGAGCGGGACGAUGCCCAGCUGCACGUGGCGGGCGGCGCGGUGGAGCUGCCGCCGGAGCUGGCUGCCAUGGUGCGAGGUGAGGAGGAGGAGGAGGAGGAAGAGGAGGGCGCCUUCGCCUUCCUGACCAAGCUGCAGGACGUGGAUCUGGCGGCGCUGCGGGGCCGGGCGCUGGGCACUGUGGAUGAAGUGAAGGAGAAGUGCUCCCUGAUGUAGUGCUGGGCAGGAGCGGGUGGGCUGUGGGUGUUGUGGGUGCAACACGCCAGGCUGGGGCCCUAUGCCUGUGCUGGAGGUCAGCUGUCCUUGCCUAAACCGUUCCCUGGGUUUCUGGGGGCUCUGGGCAGAGACGCUGGGGUCCUUUCCACCGAAUCCCAUCCCACGGCGUCCCCUGGUGCCACCCCAAGUCCAGCCAGGCAGCAGUCCCACACCCCCAGCGCCACCCCUGGAAUCUCCUGAGCUGUUCGGAUCAAUAAAAGCGUCAUUUUGUGGGA